AUGACCAAAGUUUGGAUGCCGUGGGCCUACCAGGCGCUCCUUGCCUAUGCUCAUUCUGGCGCAGCACACGGCCAGGCGAAUUUAUGGUUAAAGGGCCAAACAUCGACUCCGUUGCAGAGAAUUUGUGACCCUGUCCCUAACCUUCUUAUCUCGCAGUCGUCUCAAGGCGGCCAGAGAGCCCUUUGGCUUCUCCACAGACCCGAAAGUGUGUUGGGGCUCGUGGUAAGUCCACAGUGGCAGGGUGAAAGCGGGGACCACGAGCUGUGCGAUGCCUCAGUAGUUAGUAAACGCAAAAUAGUGAGAGUUAUGAAACAUCUUCACUCUCUUCCGUUCCGUGUGGCAGGCAGCUCACCGCUUCGUCCCCCGAUGGUGGUUCAUAAAAAUCAUUUGGUGGGGUGGCGCAUUGAUGGGAAAGCUGCACCGUUGUAUGCACACACCCUAGAUCAAUUGGCGAAACUGAAACCGACACAGUUUAAAACUAUAGAACCUAAGAAUGCCUUCAUUUGCAGGACAUACUACGAAUGGGAUAACUGGAAAGAGGUGUCGAUGGAGCCUGGCUGGACCUGGCAUCAUGUGGACGAGGAGAUCGCAAAUAACAUUUUAGAUGGUACUCUGACAUUUGAUGGGCUGCGGGCCACAGCCACCGACACACCAUAG